GCUAUUUCAAGGUUUGGUUUUCUGGGUCAAAAGCCAAUACUUUUAGCCGAAGCGAGCCCUUUUGUUUAAUGGACAAGUACCUUCUUGCGACAAAACUGAAAACUGUAAGAUUCUCACUCGUAUGGAUAAAGUUUCCCGUUGGGAUUGGUUAUUGGGGCACAUCAAAUUUGAUCAGAAAGGACAACCAAUGCACAAUUUGUCCUACCUCAUUGAGUGUUAUAGCGAAGUUUCCUUUCGAAAAAAGUGCAUGUAAUAAUCGUCAGUGGAGAAAAAUGUGAAUCCGAAUAGCUUGAUUCGCUAAUCUUCAGUUUUCCUAGUCAUCGAACCCUUUGUCUCUUCUGCCUAAAGCAACACCCCAUCUUUUUCGUUUUAUCAUUUCCAUCUCCUCUCCGUAUAUUCAUUAUAGAUCAGAUUACAACCAAGUGAUUAGGGAACGAAAAAGAAGGGGAGAGGAAAGAUGACUGAUUGGGGGCCUGUUUUCGUGGCAGUGGUGCUUUUCAUACUGCUAACACCGGGGCUGCUGAUUCAGAUUCCAGGAAAAUCCCGCUGCAUAGAGUUUGGCAACUUUCAGACCAGUGGGCUAUCCAUCCUGGUGCAUUCCAUAAUUUACUUUGCACUUAUCUGUAUCUUCCUCUUAGCUGUGGGUGUGCACAUGUAUUCAAGGAACUUUCUUUUAAUGGCAGACUGGGCUCCUGUAGUUAUCGGGGUCGUGCUAUUUGUGUUGCUAUCACCAGGACUUUUGUUUUCAUUUCCAGGAAACAGCAAGCAGCUGGAGUUUGGGAGCAUGAAGACUAAUGGCAAGGCCAUUACUAUCCACACUCUUCUUUUCUUUGCCAUCUAUGCUGUUUUGAUCCUAGCUGCCCACCUCCAUAUCUACACUGGCUGAGAGCUUGGUGGCAUCUCCCUGCCGGUGAGAGUUGUGUUGUCGGUCUUUAUAUUCAAGAUCUGUGCUGGGUUUUACUUGGUUAAUCUUUGUAUUAGCUUGUUUCAGUUUUGAACCAAUGAAAUUUGUGGCACAGAUAUUUAUUUGCUAAUUUUUUUUUUUCAGUAGGAAAUAUUUCUCUUUUCCUCUCUUUCAAGAGAAGGGCUUUAAGAUCGGAACAUAAUUAUCUUUGUCCAAUUUCUAAACCUUGAUCAUCUGAAUUAAUUAAACGCAGGCGAUUUGUCAUUU